GGGCAGAGGGUGAGAGUGCCGUGGCCCUGCCCUCUAACAGCCGCUCUGCACAGAUCUCCAAGCCACUGAUGGAGAAGAAGCGACGGGCGCGCAUCAAUGUGUCGCUGGAGCAGCUCAAGUCCUUGCUGGAGAAACAUUACUCGCACCAGGUGAGACAUGGGGACGUGGUGGCAGUGGUAGUGGUGGGGGGGGGGGGUGACUCGAUCCCCAACCUCAUCCUCUCCAAACGGGCUGCCCAGCUAAGAGCCUUUUCCACGGAUCCGCAGAUCCGGAAACGCAAGUUGGAGAAGGCAGACAUACUGGAGCUGAGCGUCAAGUACAUGAAAAGUCUUCAGAAUGCGGUGCAAGAGCUCUGGCCUGUUCCCAGCGGAGCCGAGUACCCGUCGGGCUUCCGCGGCUGUCUGCCUGGCGUCAGCCAGCUUCGGCGGCGCGGAGAGGAGGGCGGCGGCGGCCUGCGCUGCCACCUGGUGCACGAGGGUGCGGGUGGCAGCACCAUGGACAGCGCCGGGCCGGGCCUCGAGGCGCCCGCGAGACGCGGCUCCUGCGCUCCCGCCGUUUGGGCCCCUGAUCCGGCCGCCGGCGGCUCGCGGUCCCCGCCAUCCCGACUCCUCUUCCCUGGAGGUCUCCCCGGCCCGUCCACCAGCGUCCCGGAGCCGCAGCCGGCGUCUCGUCGCUUGGCCGAGAGCCCCGGGCCUGGGCUGCGCGUGUGGCGGCCGUGGUGAGGCCCGGCGCGGCCUCGGACUCAAGGGGGCCCCCGUCAGGCCCGGGGACGCAGAGACUGUUUUGAGCACGCUCGCGGUGACGGCCGGGACCCCGGUCGUUUGUCCUGGUCCCAGGGUGGGAGUGGCGGGGAGGGUGCCGCGUACUCGCGAACUCGGGGAAAUACAAGGAGCCACGCGUGGACGCGGGUCUGUGCGUCUAGGCAUGAUCCACCCCCCACCUCAGCCCCACCUACUCAGGCUGGACCCUCUCUCUCCUUCUCCCACCCUCUAGUGGGACUGGGAGGGGGUAUCCUGGGCUGCUCCCCUUUCCCAGGGCCCCCGGCAGGCAGCCCGCCCCCGCCCCCGCCUCGCUGCCGUGCUGCGGUGAGAAGGUCGCCGU